AGGCGUCGUUGAGUGUCAACAUCAGCUCUGCGACUGGAUUGGCGCCAAAAAGCGAGGCAUGGACCUUCAAUCCCUUCAUCGAAGUUUCGGUCUGUAGCCGCGAUCCCCGUUUGGGAAGCCUCGGCCGCGCAGCGAAAGUUGCCACCGGCCAGACUGAGACCCUGAACAAUUGCCACACAGAUCCCCACUGGGCGCAGCCAGUUGUGCUGAAAGUUGUGCCCGAGCCCGGCCUUUUCCUCCGCAUCGUCGCUUGCUCAGACGCGGCGUUAGGUGUUACCAGGAGCUGGGAUGAGCUUGCUGAUUUGGCAUUGGAAUUCCAGGAGGUCAUGAAGCUGGCUCAAGGCUCCGUCGAGCGCCAGUUCAGCAUGACAAGGCUCAUUGACAUGAAGCGCCACGGAGAAUCUUUGAUCUUCUUGAGCUUUGCACAGGUUGGAGGCAACGUCGGGGUCGCAGCCUUUGAGACUGCGGCGGUGGGUGCAAUGCAGACCCCCAGUGUGGAGCAUUUGCACCAGGGCGGCACCAGGAACGACAGCCCAACCAGAGCCAUGAAACACACGACUGUGCAACUUCCAAUUUCACCCGGCUACAGCCUGCCACCACAGCCGGCUUUGCAAGGAGUCCAGCCUUUGGAACAGGUCCUCAAGGCUCAUGGUCAGGAGGUUCCUGAUGUCAUUGCUCGACUUUAUGGCCCACCACAGGAACCAAGGUUCUUGCAAACACCUGCACCGCCACCCGCGCCACCAGCACGAGCCCUGCCGCCGGAGGAGAUUUCAGAAGCUUUGCAGAGAGCGUCGAAAGCAGGGGCCGUUGUGAAGGGGAACGUGCCCAUGAGUUUCUUCAAUUCUCCUGGAAAUCCACAUUUGGCCUGGCUUGCUCGACCCUAGCUCGAUGCAACGUUUUCGCAGACACGUUUGCCGGUGCAUGGAGGCUGACUUGUGCUACCAGAAAGUGCAGUUGAGACGCUACCCGCCGCUGCACGAUUUCAACGGAGACAGGCUGGCAUAGGUGAAGGUGUGAAGUACAGAAAGAACAGCCAUUGGACAGAAAAUUUGGACAAAACACUAGCAGGAUUUGGGAUGUCGUGGAUCCUGGUCGUCAGGCUUCCCUUUGGCCCAGUUCGUGGCUCCUCAAAGCGGAAGAUGGAGAAUUGGGGACUUGAUUGACCACCAGGUGCUCGGGAGGAUUUUGGUGCCACAGUUCUGUGAGACCAAGCAUGACGAUGUUUCCAAACGCAUUGCGCUUGGGAAAGGUGCAUCGCACAUGUCCGGUGAGUAGGCGACUCGCUCCGGCUUUGAUCUGCAAACAGCAUGGCGACAAAGGCAACACAGUGCCAAGUGCAAGUGUUCGUGAAGCCUCGAACUGAACAGCUGAAUGCACAAAGCUGCCGUCAACGGUACAGCGAGUUCCCAG